AUGUCUUUAACUUAUUCCGUAUUAGUGCUUCUUCUUGCAGAGCGAGCUCUCUCCGGUCCAGUACCGGACUUUGGUCUUCCGGGAGCAGUAUCGGGUAGCUCGCAAGUGAUCGAUGUGUCCGAUCAAACUAGCGCCCUGCUACAAACGGCCACGAAUCGCUUAAACACCUCCCUCACGUCAAACUAUGCGAAACUUCAGGCGACCUUGGUCCAGCUGGGAACGUUCGCCAGAUUCACUGCAAGCAUUGACCGAUCCGUCGUUGUACCAUUGGUUGCUCUCGCCCGUGACGCAUCGGGUGAUACAGCCAACAACUUCCAAGCAGUCGUCGAUGGGAUUACCGCAACACAGAACUACAUCAGCAGCACACUUCCGCUAGAGCUAAGCGGGUUGGAAAUCCUGAUCAACCAUUACGUACCGGAUCGCCUCAAGGAUGGUUUCGGCUGUGUUCGCAGCGGGUUGAAUCAAUUGAGUGCGAGCGUAACAUCACUACAGAGUGCGAUAAAGGCCGCGGUAAAGGAAGCAGGUACGGUCAGUUUGUCUGCCGAGGUGCUUCGAAAGUACGUAAGCUUGAAAACAGUUCACGAUAUUGCACGUGCCGUUACUGCCUGGAAGGUUUGCCUUCCAUCGAUUAUCGAAUCAAUCAAUAGCACUAUCGAAAGGUUGAAAACAGCGGACAAUUUUGUGCUCAGCGUAAAUAGUAAGAUUUCGAAACUGACGGAUAGAUUGGGUUGA